AUGGCUGGUGAGGACAGUUUUAUAUUGUUGGUACACCACAGAGGAUCGAUUAAGAGGAAAACUCGUUCCGGUGUCAAGUUCACCGAUAAGGAUCCUCUCUGUAUUAUCGUGAGUUCUACGACAAGCUAUUAUGACCUUGCUAGGUCUGUACUGCUGAAACUUGGUCUGGAUGGUGUGAAAAGGGUUAAGAAGUUUUUCUAUCGCAUUCCAAUCUCGGUGCUCCAAGAUAGCGUGAAGUAUGAUUGUUUCACGAUCGGGAGUGAUGAGGACUUGCAGGUCAUGUUUCUUUGUCGCCGGCAGUUUUUCGAAGUGAGGACACCAGAGCUAUUGGCAAAGCUGGUUGAUGUGGUGUCCAACUCGGGGGGUUCGAACUGGAAUACCAACACUUUAGCGACGGUUGCCGGUUCUAGCUCAAGACCUGCCGUGGCAUCUUCCUCAGUCUCUGCGUACGAGCCACCCGCCCCGCCUGUCGCCUCCCCUUCGUUUGCUGUUGAUCUCAACGGCAGUGUUGGCGACGAGGUUGGAACAGUGGAACUUCUACCUACCUCUGUACAGUGUGUUGCACCGGCUGGGGCUGGAGAUGGAUUGUUUGAUGAUCUAGAGGAUGAUGAUGUAGAGCCGGAUAUGAUUGCUGAUGACAGUGGCGAUGAUAUUACAGCGAGUGAGCCUGCCGGUGCAGGUGGUGGUUCUAGCUCUGGCACACAGCAAUACCCUUCUCAUUUUUCAUCUUUGGACCUGGAUGCCAUGAGGGAGGCGGGGGUACCUGGGGAGCCUACUGGAUUUGGCGCUAGAGAUGCAGAAGGGUCAGCUGGUAUGACAGAGUUUCAGGUUGGUCAGCAAUUUCAGGAUAAGGAGGAUGCCCUGUCAAGUGUGAAGACUUACAGCAUCCGCCGAGGUGUACAGUACAAGGUAGUGGAGUCUGAUUAUUGUCGUUAUAUUGGCAAGUGUUCUGAGUUCGGGAAUGGGUGCACAUGGUUGAUUAGGCUGAGUCUCCGGCAGCGUAAGGGCAUUUGGGAGGUCAAACGGUACAAUGGACUGCAUACUUGUCUGGCCAGCUCUAUCUCCAGCGAUCACAGGAGUUUGGAUUAUCAUGUGAUAUCGGCAUUCAUUAUGCCAAUGGUUAGAGCCAAUGCAUCCGUCAGCAUCAAGGUGCUCCUAAAUGCGACUGCCUCACACUAUGGGUUUAGGCAUACCUACAGGAGGGUCUGGAUGGCGAAGCAGAAGGCUGUGGCCGUCAUUUAUGGUGACUGGGAUGAGUCUUACAAUGAGCUCCCAAUGUGGGUGUUAGGAGUGCAGCUGACCAUGCCUGGUUCUAUUGCAGUUCUUCGAACUAGCCCUGUUCGAGUUGGGGGACAGCUGGACGAAUCUCAAGCUUAUUUUCACAUACUGUUCUGGACUUUUCCACCGUAUAUCGAGGCAUUUCGUCUUUGCAAGUCAUUGGUGAGUAUUGAUGAGACCCAUCUAUAUGGCAAAUAUGGGGGUACUUUACUUGUUGCGAUUGCACAGGACGGGAACUGCAACAUACUCCCUGUUGCAUUCGCACUAGUCGAGGGUGAGAAUGCUGAGUCCUGGUCAUUCUUUCUCUCCCAACUGGUACGUCACGUCCUAAAGUGUGAUGGUGCACUUCCCGAACGGCAUGUGAAAAGUGUGCGUCUCCGGACACCACCUCUCGACGAAUGCACUCACAAGCGGCUCUGCUAA